GGGGGUUUCUGUGGACUAAUGCUACAAAUUGAAUCCAAUGAAACAGUGGAAAAAAUGAAGCGUAUAGCUAUUUCUACAGUGCUAGUCAACGUGUUAAGGAACUUUUGGACCUGUAGCUUUAGGAACAUUCUCACGAAGGAUCAGGUUCUACUUGGUCGGUUCUUAAAGUUUCAUUCUCGUGAACUACCCUUUUUCUAGCCCAAAGAAAGUCAUAUUUUUUAGACGAAACAAAAAGAAGAGAGAAAGGAAAUUUUGCGAGCAUAUACACACGUACACUCUCUGUUUCUCUUGAAAAGAGAAUUCACUGUUCGAGGCUGCAACAAGUGGAAAUUGCGCGUGAAAGGAUACACUAACGUGAGAAAAAAAAAGAAAAAAAUGAAAAAACUUUUACCCUUCUGUACUCGUCUUGUACACCAUUAGUAUUACGCUGUAUGCGACAUUAAUUACACGCACGAUAAUAUCGUUCGAAGGGUUCCGAGACGAGAACCGUGACAAAGUAUUCAGCUAAUUGCACGUAGAGUACUCGUAAAUGGGUGUUCGUCUUCUUUUUGUCGAUGGUUGCAGACUGCUUCAGGCUUUGCGAUUUCGUUUGCGAUUUCGAAGUAGGUUUGUACCGAGACGAUAGAGUAACAAGCCAAAGACGCGAAACUAGGAGAGGAAAAGAAGAAGAAAAAACAGAGAAAUUCUGAAUGAAGAUCGUGCUUAAACGAUACACGACACAUUGUUCUCUUCAACAAUAAGCGACGAAUGUUAUUAAGGCUCUGGGAAAUAUCGAGUGCGUUCGAAUUUCCCCUUGUUUAUUGAACGUUUAGCGAACGUAGCUUUUGUAAUCUAAGUUUAAAGUUGCUUCGUAGUGUUCUCUUCGAAACGAUGCAUUCUAAAUAUUCAUUGUUUCUUCUCUAUUUGUCUCUCUCUCUCUCUCUCUCUCUUUUUUUUAAUUAGUUUAAUAAGGUAACAGAGAUUUUAUGUACUUUUUAACGCUGUUAAGGAAUCAUUUAUCGUUUAAAGUAAUGAAAAAUUCGACCACAAAUAUAUAGAAGAUUCUUCGAUUUUUAAACUUUCUUCGGGAAAAAGAGUAUUUUCCCGUUGUAUACGAUCGUCGAAGAACGUGUGGUAUAAUUUCGUUGGGAAAAAGAACACUUAAAUGCGGUUCAACAACUUAAUAAGUUUGCGAGUUUGGAGACCAAUUUGUACCCUGUGUUAUUUCUCAUUAUGUCUCUCUUCAUUGUUACCAUUCAGUUAUUAACAGAUUCGCUACCAGCGUUCCGUAUAUGUGUUACAAUCUAAAAUUGUUAUCUUAUAUAUAUAUAUAUGUAUAUAUAUAUAUAUAUAUGGGUACAUUAAAAAUAAACAAAGGUUGUUUCACUUGUGGUAUAACAUGAUAUUAAGUAGUAUAGUAUUAUAAAUGAUGUAUAUGACUCGAAAUUAUGUUAUUUUAUUCAGUGUUUUAUAAAAAGAAAAGGGAGAAAAAAAUUGAGCGCUGAUAGCGAACAUGUUAAUCGAUUGUGAGAUCUUGUUUCUGCGUGAAUUUUAUUCCCUUGUUGUUCUAAUAUUAAAUGGACAAUUAUUCGAAUAAUAUAUAUAUAUAUAUAUAUAUAUCUAUUGUUUCUUAAUAGAACGCCCUGAUCAAGGGUACAGUUACACUAUCGCAAUUUGCUUGAACCGCCAAGACUGCUGGAAUAUGUAUGUAUAUAUUACUUUUUCCGCAAAUUUGAUUUAAUCGCGUACAUAGAAUAUAUACUACUCUAGUCGAAAUGUGUGCUAUAAUUCACGUAACGAAAACGGCGAAUUCAUUUGUUCUUCUUAAUUUCUUCCAUGUUAUUUGAUGAAUUGCAAGCUACUUAUUGAUGCGUGUAAAAAUUUCCUUCGUCGUAAAGGAUAUUUAAUCCUGGAACAGAAAAUUUCCAUUUAAACGAGAAUAUGUUAGUAAUAAAAUAAUAUCCAACGUAUUAGUUACGGUAAUUUAGUAAAAAAUAUUUUUCAUUUCUUUGGAUGAAAGGUAUCUUGUUUACCAACAGAGCGUUGAGAAGAGAAGUUUAAACAAAUUAAAAACUAUCGAUAAACAAAGAAAUGAAGAAAAUUAAUUAAGUUGUAAAAAGAAAAAUGUCCCAGAAUUAAAUAUUUACACUCGCUUGGUGCUCUAAAUCGAUGCUUGGUAAACAAGUACAUAUUGUUCUUGUUGUUUGCGUACCUAUUUAGUUAAUUGCACGAUCUUCUUUUUCAUCAGCUAUUUUUAAUUCGUGUUUACCAAGAUAUCAACAACGAUACGCGUUUUACUUUACAUUGACGAAUUUUCAUCACUGAUACGAUGAUUGGGAAAGGUUUAAUGUUAAAAUCUUGCAGAAUCGAAUUAGUGAAUUUCGCCGUAAUAUUUCUAAAAAAAGGGAUAGUUAACCCUUUAUUUGAUGAGAUAAAAUUACAGAACGAAUAACUCUUUUUUCGUUGAAAUAAAAUAAUAAUUAUGGAUUAUGGAUUAAGGAUUAAGGAUCUCCAAGUAAAGGGUUAAUAUUUUAGAGGAGGUUAUUUAAUUUCUCUGCUGCAUUUUCCGCACCCAGAGAACCAUUUUUUGCGAGUGAUCGCUUUUGUUGACUAUCCAAAGAUGUAACUAUUAACAUUUACAGUUGUAUCUUUUAUAUAGCUCGUUAUAAUUUUUUUACCAUAUAUAUGUAUAUAUAUGUGCAUAUCUCUUUUAUAGAGUUUCAUCAUGACAACAUAGUAUCCAUCAAAUUUCCAUUGAACGAAAGUUAAAACAAGAAAAAAAGGAAUAAGAAAUGUUUAAUUAUUCGUAAUUGCAUUUGGUCAUGUAUUCGAUUGUUAUAUAUUUAUUCAUUACUGUAUGAUAGGUUUAUCACUGUUCUAGCGAUCUGUUACACGACUUCUGAAUCAAGCAGUUAUCUCGAGCGAUUCCGUGUCUAUUUCUAAGGAAGAAUGAUUAUUUUUCAUGGGACAACUGGUACGGUUGAGAUAUUAAAUUCAUGGUUAAUAUUCGCACACGCGUGCUUAGACGGUUUCGAUAAUACACUCACGUUCACCAUUUUUAUUUAUAUAUUUUAUCUGUGCAUGAGUAGACAAUUAAGGUAAUUUUGCAAGUUAAUAAAAAUGAUUGGUAAAAGAAAUGUCACUUGGAAUUGUGAUAAUUUAUCAUUCUCUUCCCGCUUUCUUUUUAAAUCGUUGCCAAAUAAUAAUUAUUUACAGUAGUUGAUGCACAGAACUGUAAUUUCACACGAAUAAAAGUGUGGUUGACAUACAGAAAAUGGAAGAUUCAUUGUUUGACAAUCUUGUAUUCACAAAUUUGUAUUUUAAAAAGACCGCUAUAAAUUAAAUAUUUUUGAAAUUCGACCCUAGCGACAUCUAUACAAAAAUGGCUGAAACUACUCAACGACUUACCGAUUGAUUAUCUAAGGGGGAACACUUUCCGGAAAAACGGCCGAUAAGUUACUGAGUAGUUUCAGCCGUUUCUGCAUAGAUGACGCGACAGGCGAAAACGAAAUAUAUAACUCCCUACCUUUGGUUGAUGUCCGCAGACAAACUGAUGCGCUUUAGCGCGAAACAGCUUUUUCAUAGAUCGCGGCGCCGCCACGCAUGCGCUAUGACCCUCCUUAACAUGCAGAUCGCAGACCUUAACUCACCUGGGGGUGUCUGGGACCCCCAAAAUCGCAACCCUUUGAAGGUAAAGGCAUGUCGAAUUUUUUGUAUCUAUAGUCACUACUAUGCACAUGGUUGGAUAUAAAUUGUAAACAUACAAAUGAUCUGAUGCAGUCAUGUGAGCAUUAACAUCAAUAUUUAACAAGUUAAGCUCAAUAAAAAGCAAUAUGUCAUCAAAAUUAAAUACUGGAUUACCAGAUGUUCCAUUACCAUUUUCUGUCCUUAUGAUCAUUUUAUUAUCUCUGUGCUUUGCUAACAGUUACAAUGGAGAAUUUGUAUUUGAUGAUUCUGAAGCUAUUCUAAACAAUGAAGAUGUACAAAGUACUCCUCUCCGGGAUAUAUUUAACAAUGAUUUUUGGGGAACUAAGCUGACCAAUAAACAAAGUCAUAAAUCAUAUCGACCACUUACAAUUCUGACUUUUCGAUUACACUUUUGGCUCCGUGAAAGUUUGAUAGCUCAAGAUUAUCAUAUAGUAAAUAUAAUAUUACACACACUGGUUUGUGUGUUAAUGUUGCCAGUAUUCAAUAUACUAUUGGGUGCAAAACAGAAGAAUAUUGCAUUUUAUGCUAUUGCAUUGUUUGCUGUUCAUCCGAUACAUGCAGAAGCUGUUUGUGGUAUUGUGGGUAGAGCAGAAUUAUUAUGUGCUUUGUUCAUAUGGAUAUCUAUCCUAUGUUAUCAUUGUUCAAUUUAUGCAGAAAAAUUAAUACACAGAUGGCUUAGUAUGUGUGGUUGUAUUGUAUUCAUUGCAAUUGCAAUGCUAUGCAAAGAAACAGGAAUUACUGCAGUGGGAAUUUGCUGUGUAUAUGAUCUUCUAAUUGUAAAUGAAAUACUUCCAAGUGAUUUAAUUAUACAUAUUAUGAAAAAGCCUUCUUGGAUAGUAAUAAAACAAUUUAUUAGACAAAAGCAGAAAUUGUUAAUCAGACUAUUUGUAUUGCUUACAUCUGGUUUAAUACUUAUUUUUUCAAGAUUCUGUGUUAUGGGAUUCAAAGCUCCAACUUUCCAGUCUGUAGAUAAUCCAGCAUCAUUCAUGAGUAAUAUAUUUUUACGAAUGUUGAAUUAUAGUUAUAUUUAUUGUCUGAAUAUAUGGUUAUUAAUUUGUCCUCAAUGGUUGUGUUUUGACUGGUCAAUGGGCUGCAUACCUUUAAUUACCACUUAUGAAAAAAGAAUAUCUUUUGUUAUUCUUUUCUGGUUAGUACUUGGCACAAUGUUUAUGUACACUGUCAACUCCUAUGAAGAUAAAUAUCUAAGAUACUCAAUUAUGGGACUAGUAAUGCUCAUUAUUCCAUUUUUGCCAGCUAGCAACAUCUUUUUUAAUGUUGGUUUUGUUUUAGCAGAGAGAACAUUAUACAUUCCCUCUGCCGGUUAUUGUCUUUUAAUUGUUAUAGGAUUACAAAAGCUUUGUAAUCGAGUUCCUACACAGUAUUUACUACUAUCAUAUACAAUUUUAAUUGUAUUAUUUUUUACAAAGUCGUGGGUAAGAAGUGAACAGUGGAAAACUGAGACCACACUGUUUAGGUCAGCAUUGCAUGUUUGUCCAUUAAAUGCAAAAGUUCAUUAUAAUAUUGCAAAAAAUGCUGCCGAUGUUGGAAAUUUGAUACUAGCCCAGUAUGAAUACCAAGAAGCUUUAAGAUUAAAUCCUACAUAUGCUCAAGCUAUGAACAAUCUUGGUAAUUUACUUAAAGAUCAAGGAAAAUAUGUAGAAGCAGAAACUUUGUUUAAACGGGCUAUUGAACUGCAGGAGGAUUUUGCUACAGCAUGGAUGAACUUAGGUAUUGUCUUGUCAGCUCUUAGAAAGUAUAAAGAAUCAGAAAAAAGUUAUUUAACUGCUCUUUCUCAUAGAAGCAAAUAUCCUGAUUGCUUAUAUAAUUUGGGAGUACUGUAUCUAGAACAAAAAAAUUAUGACAAAGCAUUGAAAGCUUGGGAAUCUGCUACUAGGCAAAGAAAAACACACAGAAGAGCAUGGACAAACAUAAUAUUACUUCUUGAUGACUUAGGUAUGCGCGAAGAAGCGCUUAAAAUGGGUUAUCAAUCUUUGCAUUUUCUACCAGGUGAUGCUUCGAUUCAUUUUAAUAUUGCAAACAUGCUAGGCAAAGUUGGAAAUUUUGUAGAAGCAGAAAAACAUUUUAAAAAUGCGAUAUCAAAAAAUCCUGCAGACGCUAUGUUUUAUACGAAUUUAGGUGUAUUGUACCACCGAUGGAAUAGAUUUCGUGAAGCAGAAUAUAUGUACAAACAGGCGUUAAAAAUUAAACCACAACUAAAUAGUGCAAGGGAUAAUUUAAGAAAGUUGUAUUCUAUAAAAACGGCAAUAUAAUAAUUUAUUUUUAUAUAAAAAAUUAAAUUUAUAAUAAAAAUGAAACAUAUUUAUA